AUGUGUCAAUGUUGGCUCGCAUUGCUCUAUGGCUUUUUGGCAAUUUGGUUUAUCAAUAUAACACCGACAGAUCAACAAUUGGCCACCAAGAGAUUAAGAAAGAGACACAAGUUGGAUAAAUUAUGGACGUUUCAGAAAUACAACGGUAAGAUUAAGCAGUUGCCAAAUUAAGCCCCGAUCAAACGUGGAUGGGGGUUGUUGAGAGUUAGAACUUUAGCUCUCGUUCGUCCGCCAACUCUCAUGUACUCUCAUCCACUUCGAACAAGUUCAGAAACGUGAGAGUUUUUUGCUACGUGCGUGAUAAUAUCCAACUCAUAUUCUCGUUUGUCUGGGGCACGAGAGUUGUGUAACUCUUAUGCAAACUUUCACUUGCCAACUCUCAUGCAACUCUUGUUCUAGUUUGAACGGGACAUGAGAGUUGAGAAAACUCAUGAGAGUUGAGAAAACUCUCAUGCAAACUCUCAUGUAACUCUUGUUACUUUGAACGGGACAUGAGAGUUGUGUAACUCUUACGCAAGAUCUCGCUUCUUAACUCUCUUCAACUCUCAUGUAACUCUUGUUCUCAUUUGAACGGGACAUGAGCGUUGAGAAAACUCUCGUGCAAACUCUUGCAUGUCAACUCUCGUGUAACUCUUGUUCUCGUUUGAACGGGACAUGAGCGUUGAGAAAACUCACGAGAGUUGAGAAAACUCUCAUGCAAACUCUCGCUUCUCAACUCUCGUCAACUCUCAUGCAACUCUUGUUCUCGUUUGAACGGGACAUGAGAGUUGAGAAAACUCAUGAGAGUUGAGAAAACUCAUGAGAGUUGAGAAAACUCUCAUGCAAACUCUCGCUUCUCAACUCUCAUGUAACUCUUGUUCUCGUUUGAACGGGACAUGAGAGUUGAGAAAACUCUCAUGCAAACUCUCGCUUCUCAACUCUCAUCAACUCUCGUGUAAGUCUUGUUCUAUUUUGAAUGGGACAUAAGAGUUGAGAAAACUUUCAGUCACACUCUCGAUUGUCACUUCUCAGAGUUGUGUAACUCUUAUGCAAUAGUAUAAUUCUAGUGCAAUUUUCUUCUGAUGGAUGUGAACGAUGGAAUGUACCCUCGUCUAAACAUUCCUAAUUCAUCCACUCAUUGGGUCCAAAAAUUGGGGGGAUACACUGUUGUCAUCCGACAGUGUUGCUUAUUUUGCUCGUAUCUAUAAAGCUCUAUGGGACUGUGUCUCUCACUGAAUUAAAUUGUCAAGUAUUCUGAAACAACUGUUAAAAGGUGAUUUAUUAAUGAAGACAUUUACAAUGUUCCUCAAGUACUUCCACAAUGCAAUAAAUGCCGUUUCAGAGACCCAAGAUGUUUUUCUCCGGGGGAACAUGCCCCUGGAGGAACAGGACUGCUUUGCUUGUUUGUUUGUUUGUUUGUUUAACCAAGGCUGGUAUUUGGAAAUUAAGAGACUUUCGCAAAUUAGAAGUUCCUUGUUGUCUGUGUCUGUAACUUGAUCAUACUUUGUAAUAUAGUAACUUAGUUUAUUCAUAAUCCCUGUCAUUGUAAUUUUACUGUUAGUCUGAAGUAACUGUUCGUCUGUUAUACUGGCCUCUUAUUUUCAUUGUAAGAUUACGUUUCCCGCCCGGAAAAUCACUCGUGAAUAUACUAAAGAAUCGAUCCAGCUCAUAUUCAAAUUUUUCAUAGGACGAAAUGAGAAGCUGAAACGGGAUGCAAAUCAAAACUCGUUUGUCGGUUUUGAAGAUAAAUAUUUGAACAGAAGAAAGAGGGGUAAGAACUCUUGCAACUUAAACAUUAGUGAACAAGACUGUAUACAAGAACCUCUACUCAUUGAAUGUGAGUGUGAGUGAGCUUUUAGAACGCUGGCGUAUGUUGGCACAUUUGGUUUUGCAAAUCGACCAAUUUAUUCUCUUUAAUUAAUUAUUUCGUAGCCGUGGGAGCACAUGGAGUCAAUUUGGAGAUUUGGUUCAACAUGGAAGGAUAUAGCAUCGAAGCAUUGAAAAAGAACUUCAGAUUUCCAAAAACUCCAGACUUACAAACACUGACUCACAGAUUUGCUGAACCUUCUGACAUUGGUGAAAGUUAUGGUUCAAGGUUGUUCGCUUGGUUCUCACCCCCGAAAACUGGAUAUUAUGUUUUCUUUAUUUGUGAGUAUGAUAUUUAUUACAGGUAAACAACGUCAAGCGUUCCUUUUUUCAUUUCCUAACUUGAUUACAAUUUUCCUCAUUACCUAAUUUGGAAAUUUGUAAAACUCCCUUGAAAAUCCCUUGAGGGAAUUUACAAUGUUCCUAUCGGUUGUUGCGAUAUUCCAAUGCAGAUUGCAGAGAAACUUCCUCUCAAAUUUCCGAACUACUUGUUUCAAUUUCCUGACUUCUUGGGCGUUGUGUGGGAUAUUUUUAUUAACCAAUUACAAUGCACGUAACAGAACAGAACAGAACAGAACAGAACAGAACAGAACAGAACAGAACAGAACAGAACAGAACAGGAAGUUAGGAACUUGUAACAGGAAGUUAAGAACUUCUAACAGGAAUUGAGGAAAAUUUAAUUGGCUUUUAGGAACAUUGCAAAUUCCCAUUUUCAAAUUUUCAAAGAUAAUGAGGAAAGUUGCAAUCAAGUUAGGAACUCAAAAGAGGAACGCCUGACGUAGUUUACUUGUAGUUAUUCAAUUGAUUGAUAAAUUAUACAAUAGAUAGAAGAAUCAAUCAUUCAAUUAUGUAAUCAAUUGAUAAAUGACCAGCACUUGUGAUGGCGUGGUUAUCAAGCUUGCCUUUCAAGCUUGGAGACCCGGGUUCAAUCCUUGGUCGGACCUCUACUCAAGAUCUUAAUUAAAAUAAUUGAGGAGAAAGUGCUAACUUUCCAUUGACAUAACUACAGCGAUAGAUGAAGGGAAAUACACAAUUGGUAUUUUUCUUGACCUAUCAAAAGCAUUUGAUACUAUUAAUCACCAGAUUUUGAUUAAUAAGUUAGAGCACUAUGGAAUAAGAGGAACGUGUCAAAAGUGGUUCAAAAAUUACCUAAGUAACAGAAAACAAUUUGUAAAAUACAAUCAAGCCAAAUCAGAAGAAAUGACAAUAAAACGUGGAGUCCCUCAGGGUUCAAUAAUAUUAGGACCACUCCUGUUUUUACUAUACAUUAAUGACAUUCAAAACUGUAGUAAAUUAAUUUCGAUUAUAUUAUUUGCGGAUGAUACCACUAUUUCGUACAGUCAUAAGUGUCUUAAAACGCUCAAUGAACAUAUGACAAAUGAUGUUUCAUAUAACAAAUGAUGUUUCUGUAAAUAUAACAUAGUCUAGGGGUCUUAAACAAAAGCCUUAUAGGUUUCUAGUAGGCCCCUAGCCCUACUGUAAUAAUGAAUUAGUAAACUUUUGUAAAUAUUAUUAAAACAUUUUUUUGGGGCGAAAUUAAAUUAAAUAAAUAAAUACAUCUAGUUGAGCGGGGGGUCGAAGGGAGGGUGGAAGCUAUCACCCUCUACUGAACUUUGCUUUAAUAUAAAGUUAUACGUGAGUCUCCCACUGAGAAAAAUUGUCAAGUAUUCUGAAACCAGUAUUUGACAUCAUAAAAAGGUGAUAUAUUGAGACCUCGUUUCACAGACACCCUCCCCCACUGAAAGAAAAAUUCUGGCCGCUUCUGGUAAGGACGAUUAGCAGACACUCGCCCCCCCCACUUACUAUCACAUCAUGCAAUCUUCAAAUAAAUAGAUUGAUAAAAUGUUUCAAAGCUAAUGUUCUUUUCUUAAUGCUCAACAGCCUGCAACAAUGAUGGCGAAUUGUUCAUCAGUACGGAUGACAAGCCGGAGAACAAAAGAUUAGUUUGCAAAAUAUCCAAUUACGGUUCCCAAAUCAAUGGAGCAUGGUUUAAGUAAGUAGCAGAUUUUCUCAUUUCAAUUUAAUUAUCCUUAUAUCCUGGGCUAGUGCUGCUACAGGAAGAAACUUAAUUUAGAUUAACUUUUUUCACUGGAUAGAUAUAUCUAUAGACUGUUUUCCCUAAAGUCCAGUAAGAAUGAUUAACAAUUGGACAUACAACGAGGCCGAGUUGUCUUACUCUUACUCAAAAUACAAAGUGAACUGCAAGCACAAUAGAUAUUCCAGCUUUUGACGAAAUUUUGAUCUAGACAAGAAGAACGAAAUCCAUUACCAUAGCUGGAAAGAGCAUCUUAAAAUGAGUAAAAUUGCAAAGUUUGGUUGCGAAAUGUUGUAAAAUGAGGAGACUAUAGCCCUGUGAAGUUCGCAAGUUUUGUAUAUAUUUACAUUACGCGCGGGAAAAAUAACCAUUGAUGAUAAUUAUUGAUGAUAUUUUUAAUUUGAGCCGAAAGUGGUUAUUUUUACCGCGCAUAAUACAAAUAUAUACAAAAUUUGCGAACUUCAAGGGCUAUAUUUUCUUCAUUUUACAACAUUUCGCAACCAAACUUUGCAGUUUCACUUAUUAUAAGAUGCUCUUUCUAGCUGUGUUGGAUUUCGUUCUUCUUGCCUUGAUCAAAAUUUAGUCUAUAGCUGGAAUCACCCAUUGGAAAGAUUUUUCAUGCCUCGAAGUAUUUUUAAAUCUUUAUCUUGCUCUCACCUUUUCUAGAUACGACAGCCAACGUUCCCCGCCCAUUCCAAUGAUCAAAGGAGAAUAUUACUACAUGGAAACUGUGCAUAAGCAUCUAUUUGGUAAAGAUGUUCUUAAAGUCGCAGUGCUAAUAGAAAAUGGGCAGUUUAUUGGACCCAUUGGAGAGCGAUUCCUUUAUUUUUAUUACAAAUCUUCAAAAGAAAGUAAGUGUAGGUUAAGGGAUAUAUGAAAGCCAGGAGGCGCAAAUUGACUGCACGUAUUAAGGGGGGGGGGGAGGGGGCGAGUUCCUGCCCGACAAAUUAAGGUGUGGUCACCAAACAAUCUGCGAUGAAAUUCGUGAACUUUUCUAUCUUUACCUCAGAUGACUUCAACCGCUUUGCCUGACAUACAGCCCAACAUGAGGCAACAUUUGCCCGAGUAUAAUACCAUUUUUGACUCACGGAUAUCUGUGAGUUUUUGUGGUUACUUGAGCGUGGGGCAGUUAAACAACGGGAAAUGACGAGCUUGCUUUGCGCGCACUGUUUGCCUGCGCAUCGGGCCUUUCAGAACCGGAAAUCGGGUUGGAGCACGCGUACGUUGUUUUUAUUUGACAUAAGAAGCACGACAAAUGGCAAAAUUCGCAUGGUGCCCAUUUGCAAAAACAACUGCUCUAAUUCUUUCUGUCACUUUCACUUGAUUUCAUCUGUGAGUCUCUGAUCUUUAUUAAACCUUGGGUGGAUGUCACACCCACCUCCCCACACGCCCCUGAAAAGAACAGGGAGAACUUCGACGCUUCGUGCGUAGGCCCUUUGUCGGGAAGCUAGUAGAACGUCGAAGUUCUCCUUGUGUUUUUCAGGAAGUUGUAUUCAUCCCGAAGCUUUCUCCGUUUAAGCGAUAUAUGGCAAUAAUAAUUUAAUUUGUCUCAUUUGAAAGAACUUUUAAAAUUACGUGCAAAACGUUUUUACAGCUUCUUCAAAUUUUGCUUAGUUCUCGAAAUAUUUUCACGACAAUCAUCAUAAAUCAGCGAGCUGUCCGCCAUCUUGGAUUAUUGUGGAUGUUUUAUAUAUUACUGGCAUUUCUUUGAGCAUAUGCAUUUGUAAAGAAGACUAUAUAUGUUGGCAUCUCUGAUUUUGACUUUAUAGCCGAAAAUUUGAGAAUUUUAAAAUGUUGUCUAUUAAAGUACAAUGUUCACAAAAAUGCAAAAUUUCAAGUUUACUUUUCACAAAAAUAAACUAUACCAUUAGAAGGGUCGCACAAAAGUAUAUAUAAAACACGAAAGCGAGUAGUGCGAAUUUUAAGUCUGUUUUGAGUUAGGGGAGCUCAAAGUUGGCAAAAUAGUAACUUUUCCCAUAAUUAAAAUAGUACAUUUUCUUCAUUUUUGAACGUUAAACAUUCGUUUGAACACUAGCGCGCCGAAACAUAUUUAAUGGUGUGCACACCUUUAUUUGUAGAAGGUAAAACGACAGACCCGUUAGACGCAGGUGUAGCGGCCGGUAUCAAAGCUGGACAGGACGUACUCGAGAAAGCGAAGAAGAAAGCGGCAGAGGAGGCAAAAAAGGCGGCAGAAAAAGCGGUUGAAGAAACAUUAAAGAUUACUGAAUUACCGACAGGAAAUGGAAAGAAGCCGAAGACAAGAUAUAUCGAAGAGGUCAAUAUUACUGAAGUGGUUGAAAAAAUGAAUCUAACCGCGCACGCUACGUUGAUGAAUGGCUGGUCUGCUGCUGGUAUGUUGACAUGUGUCGUUGUGACAUGCAGUACCCAGUAAAAUUAAUUUAACUGGAACGCUAUCUUCAACCGGAAAUUUGAAAUCAAACUUGCCAGUCCCUGUCUUUUCACGCAUGCGAAGAGCUCGGUCAAUCCGUGAACAAGAAUAUGUAUUCAUGAAAACCAAUUUAAAAUUUACAAGAAAGCUUUUUAACAGCGCUGAAAACAACUUUUUAUUAAUGCAUUUAUUUAGGUAAAAUUUUCUAGUAGAGUUUAUUAUAGUACUUUUAUUUUUGUUCUUUUUAAAAUACAUCCUCGCUCCCUGAACUGGUCUCGCGAGAGAAUCGCGAGGCAUAAACACGCGGGUAUUUUGUCUCGCGAGAGAAUCGCGUGGCAUAAACACGCGGGACUUCGGUCUCGCGAGAGAAUCACGAGGCAUAAACACGCGUGUAAGAUUUGGCUCAAGAAAAAGAUAGGCAUUUUAUCUGAAGAUAGUGUUCCAGUUAUAUUCACUUCACUGGCAGUACCAUAAGCUUUACCAGAUUACUCAAUUUCUGCUAGCAGAUAACUGAAUUUUCUGUAGGUUGCGUGAUUGCGCGAUUUAACUGUAAGCUCUUAGCCAAUCAAAUUGCUUUUACCAAUAAUAAUAGCUUUUAUAGCUAUAAUUAGCCUACAGUAAUGUUGUUUUCCCAAACCGGUUUGACAUAUUUUUACAAAUGGCCAAUCACAUGCGAGAUUCAAAUUCUGAACCUAAUCAAGUGUGGAAGAGGGAUUUGCAAUCGAUGUGACCGGAGGCUCUUCCUUCGCCUCUCGUUUCUUUCGUCUCGCAAAGAGCCUCUGGAUGGGAAAGAUGAUGUACAUGAUGACGUGUACUGAAAAUUAGUAAGGCGAACAGCCGACUUAUUUCGAGAUACGCCGGCAAAGAUUUUUAUAAUAACCAUGGUUUAUUAUCAGUAUUUCCAUAACAUGGCUCUUCACCUGAUAAUACUGCAAAAAGCAUUGCAAAUAGAAAUAUUUUGUAAAACUCUACUAAAUAGUAACACAGAUCUAUGAUCUGUGCAUGAUUUGAUAUCAGCUGGUAGCAGGGCCGCCGGGAGGGGGGGGGGCAAAUUGCCCGUUCCCCACCUUAAUAGGGCCUCACGCUGUCUUAGACCGACACUUUAAUAACAUACUAUUUUGCAUAAGCACUUUAAGUAAUAUGAGAUAUUAACUUCAACAGGUCACAGAGGUGCAAUUCGUCUGUACUCAAUGAAGCCCCACAAAGACUACAGGAACAACCUCGCAAUAACAGUACAUGGAAAUCAAAUAGUUCUGGGCGAGACUGCUUCAUGUUGGCUCCCGCACACACCUGGAAAUUUGCCAAAGAAUUCGACUUACAACGAAAGCAAAACAGUUUCAUUUGAACUUGUGAACAGCGAUGGAUAUUACUUGAUGCAAAGGGAUGACAAGUUUGUGGUGGGGAAAUACAACGGCAGUUCUGACUUUGGUAAGUUUUAGAACAGUUUAGGUUCAAGGACGGCGCUAGCCCUAUUUUAAUGGGAGGUGUAAGUGAAUUUCCACUCAUGUAUAUUAAAAUAUUUUUCGUUCUAAAAUUGCGGUUUGAAAAUUGUCUGGACAUUAUAUUUAUCAUUUUCUUGUGGGUUCACGUAGGCCGUUACUCGUUUAGGUUUUCCUUAAUGUUACCUUAAAUUUUCCCAAAUUUCAGGUAUAAUUGUUAGUUUUUGAUCAGUUUUUCUAAAAUAUUUUAGUUUUUUCACUCUUCCUAUCCAAUUCAUGUUUUGCCGACUGAGAAAACAAUUUGCCGACUGGGAUACAACAAUUUGCUGACUACCUGUCGACUGGGGAGGGGGUGUUGCACCCCUUUUACUCUGUCCCCACCCCUUUUACUCUGUCCCCACCCCUUUUACUCUGUCCCCACCCCUUUUACUCUGUUCCAAGGAAAAUAAUUAUUUGCAGGCUUGUGAUAGAGUUAUUCUUUAAAAUUUAAGCCACUUUAGUUUAGGUUUCCUACUAUAUUAACACUGGAUCAAUAAGAAAUGCCCCCCUUACUAUAGACUUCUGAGAAAUUAUGAAUAAUAUUUAAUGAAGUUGAGACAAAGGAUUGUCACGGUAUACAGUUCAACAUCAAACAAAGGUUUUCUAUUUUGUGCCUUUGAAGUUUGCUGGGCUUCCUAGCCAUCAUAUAUUGACAAACUAUGGUCUAAUUUCGAUUAAGGCCUGUUUAAACGGAUGCAACAUUGUCCAACAUUGUUGGACCAACAAUGUUGGACGAUUGUUGGUCAACGUGUUCAAACGUAUGCUACAAUCCAACAACUUUUAGCAGUCAAUUAGUACAAACUUCUGUUUGGAAAUAAUUAUGCAAAGAACAGUGUGACCACCUGUGUGUUGAUUGGACAGUAUUUAAAUACGCAUAGAUUUUCAAAUUUCAAUGUUAUCGUUUUCAUGUUUUCAAGAUGGCUACUCUUGCUUACAUUCUGUAUAUGUUAAAAUUAUUGUCAGUAUAGACUUUUACCUCAAUCGUUAGUAUGAAUAAGGGAAUUUUUUUAAACUAUAUCACGUAAGUUUGUGUUGUCAAAUUUAAAUAAUGGAAAUAUCAAUGGAAACGAUGACGUUGUACUGAUUUUUCGCCAAAUGUUGGAUGAUGUUGGAUGAAAAGUUUGAACAAAAUCAAACUUGAUCCAACAUCAUCCAACAUAAUGCAACAAUAUCCAACAUGGUGUUCAAACGGACCCAACAUGUUGGACACAACAAUGUUGGGUGAUGUUGGUACAACAUAUUGCAUCCGUUUAAACAGGCCUUUAGUUAGAUUUUUGUAGUCUGUGUCACAAUAGUAAGGUCUGUGAAGGUCUGAUUCCAUGGGCGCUUUUUCUCGGCGAAAUGCGAAAUAUUUCGCAUGUUUCUUUUGAAUUGUGAGCAAUCAAGUAGAAAUAAUUUAUUCGAGUGGUCGCAAUUCAAAAGAAACAUGCGAAAUCUAGAUUUCGCAUUUCGCCGAAAAAAAGCGCCCGUGGAAUCAGGCCUUAACACACGUUAGUUUUUUUGUCACUUUAGUAGUUGUUAACUGCAGUCUUUUUCAAAACCAGGAUACGAGUCAAGUUUUACCGAACGUCACAGAGUCAGCGCUCCAGGGACCUCAUUUUUCACGCUGUCAGCCGCUCGUCACUGGGCGCGGGCCUUCUGUAUUGGCGGCUUGAUCGGACGUCGUCGUUACGAAAUGAGAUUGUUACAUGAUGAUGAAAGUGUCAAUUAUAUACGAAACUGUUCUUUUUAUGUCGAACCUGUCGAUAAUUGUACGCAGCCUAAAUAUGUCCCAAUCAUGGAAAAGCCAAAGAACAUAACGAAGACGCCCACUGGUAAUUAAUAAUAUAUCAUGGCUAAUAAUAUAUAUAAACAAAUUUCUCAAUUCUGAUUGGCUAAGAGCAGUGAAAUUUCGAGGAAAUAUAGUGCAGAGAAAAGGAUAAUCUCGUGAGAUUUUUUGCACCUCCCCUGAAAAGUCGUGUACCUUAUCUUAGACAUGCAUCUCUUCUUGGAAAGGUUAAAUGAUAGAUCAAAGUGAAAUAGUUUGACAAUUUUUUAAGUGUUACUUAGGGUCUACAUUUUGUAAGAAGUGAUAGCUUCUCCCUGUAAAGCACCCUUUUAAUGCAAUGUUUCGAAAGAAACUUUGUAGUAAUGUAAUGUAAACGGCAAAAUUGGAUGAGUCGUACAGUCAUAUUUCAUAAAUACAUUGAUACAUAUAUACAGUACAUGCAUACGUCACGUCGUUGACUUUAGGGGUGGGAUACAUUAUUAUCCCAGACAUCCCAUGGGGGCUGUGAGUUAGACCGCUGCACCUUUUCCUAAAUGUUUUUCGCCUCCCUUAAACUUUUCCCACCUCCCCCACCCUACCAUUUCCACCCAGAACAGAACAGAACAGAACAGAACAGAACAGAACAGAAUUAGAACAGAAUUAGAACAGAAUUAGAACAGAAUUAGAACAGAAUUAGAACAGAAUUAGAACAGAAUUAGAACAGAAUUAGAACAGAAUUAGAACAGAAUUAGAAAAGAACAGAACAGAACAGAACAGAACAGAACAGAACAGAACAGAACAGAACAGAACAGAACAGAACAGAACAGAAUUAGAACAGAAGAGAAGUAGAACAGAACAGAAUUAGAACAGAGCAGAAUUAGAACAGAACAGAAUUAGAACAGAACAGAACAGAACAGAACAGAACAGAACAGAACAGCACAGCACAGCACAGCACAGCACAGCACAGCACAGCACAGCACAGCACAGCACAGCACAGCACAGCACAGCACAGAACAACAGAAAAGACAUUCGACAUUUGCAACACUUUAACUGAAUGUUUUAACACUAUAUAUUGUUUUCAGACACAUGUAUAUCGCUGUUAUUUCUGAACAACGCAGACACAGUAGUCCUUGUCAAAAGUUCAGUGAAGCCAACACCUUACAGAAUCACAGAGCCUCGUUUUGACCUAACCAUGAAAUUCCAGGGAAUGGAGUUCACGCCAGUCACGUUCAAUGCCUCAGAUCCAGAGUUCACUCAGAGAAAAUGCUUUCUCAAUGGGAAGAAGUAUUUUACAAUCUCGCCACAAAUAUUUUGUAACAACACGGUGAAUGUUGAGAUAGCUUGUGCUUAUCAAGGUAUGAAAUUAUUGCAUUAGGAUAGGUCUAUCAGUUCUGUUUUGAAACUGUAUUUCCUAGGGGUUCAGUUUAUCUCGCCUAAAAAUCUUUUCUUUCAUCAAAACAAUGGUUUGAAAUGACAAAAACGUGUGUUAAAAACUCUUUAUUAAUGUGUGGUUAAAUGCAAAGGGUCCAUGGACCACAGGCCCAUUUUUUCAAAAUUUAAACUUUCUUGAAACUAUUCCUAGCAUUAUGAGCAUGAUCAAAAACUUUUUCUUUCAUCAAAACAAUGAGUCUCAAUUGACAAAUAUGAAAAUUUUGGUCGAAUGCAAAGAGGUACUGGGUUUUGACUAAACAAUGAGUUUUUUAAAAAUGACAUCAGUUUAUAUUAAGAGGAAUUUAGUCAAACUUAGUCAUGAGUUUUAAGUGAUAAAAACAUGAAAGUGUUGUUUAGAGAGAGCAAAUAAAGCUAUCCAAUAGAAAUACAGUCAAGGCUACCUGAACAACAAAUUGAUUUUGAAAAUUAUUUCUUAGCGAUAACAACAACGCCGGCACCGACACCAACGCAGCCUCCAACUCAACCCACAGCGCCACCUAAGAAAAUGAGGAUACUCUGCCCCGGACCCCCAGGUCCUCCCGGCCCACCAGGACCGCCAGGCAUGAUGGGACGGAUAGGCAUCCGAGGACCGCCAGGGAUAGUUGGAGCUCCGGGUGCGCCGGGUUCUCCUGGAAAGCCUGGAUCUAGUAGCAUAAUCAGGCCGAGUGGGAAAACUUCACAUAGAGCACCCAAAGAGAAGGAAACAGCAUCACAUCAAAUAUCCAUAAAUCUCCCUAACAUGGUGUCAAUAUGUUCCUGCAAAGACCCCAGGUGUACUAGGCCAAUAUGCAGAGACAAAGAAGUAAAACCAGACAAGUACUUAAAACCUGUUUUAAAUAAAGAUGAACCUUUUUUGUACAAUGCUAAACCGGUUUCAGAGAAACAUAAACCUGUUUUGGACAAAGAUAUUAAUCCUGUUUUUGACCCAUUAAACAUCAACGACAACCCGAAAGAAGCAACGAUUCUCACACAAAGGUCGGACAUACCAAAAAUGUCAAAUAGACUGUCAAAGAGCCACCAAACGUCGGGUGAAACGCGCACAGAUGAAUUUGAAGAUUCUUCACCGUUCAGACUUCUCACAAUGCCCAUAUGUACGAGCUAUGGUCCUCCCGGCCCCCCUGGCCCUCCUGGAACCCCCGGUGUACUUGGACAACAGGGACCUCAGGGGCCUGCAGGACCUCCGGGACAUCCAGGUUCCCCUGGGCCGCCAGGAUCCCCUGGUGUACAACAGGUAAUCCCAAGUGUACCUCAAGGUGAAGUCAAAACAGACUCAGGGCCUUGUUUUAGUUCAGGUCAUUUGAACCCAUGUAAACUUCCAAAUAUUAUAAUAGUACAUGACCCACCACCACAACCUCAUAUUAUCCUCCAUUCACCCCCAGUACCCCCACCAAUUAUCCAUCGUUUACCCUCACCACCACCCACAUGUCCCUCAACAUGCACUCAAACAUGUACUCCCAGUUGCCCUACAUAUUGUUGCUCAAAUUCGCCCCCAUAUCAAGAAUAUUCAAACGACCAGAAAUGCUGGUGUCACAAUGCCUGCACACGACAAGUGAAACGAAAUUGUAGGAGAGUAUGUACUUGUGAAAAUACUGAAAUUGUAAAAUAGUGAAUUUUAAAAAGUUUUGUAUCAACUACAGUUAUGUCUCUAGUAUUAUAAUUUUAACAGCAACAACUACAACAGCAGAAUGCAUGUUUCUUCCCAUUCAUAUUAAUUUCAGAUGGCUUCGCGCAACUAUUAUCAAUAUAUAGCUUAGAAAAAGACGCCAAAAUCGACCUAAAAGUAAAGGCUAAUCCAUUAACAAUUUGAAAUGGCUAAUCCAUUAACAAUUUUAGAAUAUGAAAAAGUGGCAAAAUGAUGAAAACGUGAAGUAGUUGCCUUUAUAUCUUGUCGAUAAAAAGUCAAGACGGCAGCCUUUAUCUUUUUUAGUCACCUUUAUCAUUUUAAAGAGUAGCCAAAAAUCGCCAUAACCCAAAAUACUCCAUAACCCCCUUUAACAUUUUGCCAAAUUUGACCAGUUUUUCACAUGUUGAAAGUCUGUGGCAAAAAAUGGCAAAAAGUAAAAUCUAACCUCAUAAAUAUUCGCCCAUUUUCAGCCACUUUUAUUUUUGAAAAAUUGAUCAAAUAUCUCAGCCUCUUUUUAUUUUUGAAAAAAAAUGUCACUUAAGAAAAAACUAACUAGGAAAAACAAUUCUACAUAAUUCAAGAUCAGUAAACUCGAUGUUUUUAACAAUAAAAAUGUUUUAAAAUGUUAAAAAUAUUAAGUUUACUGAUCUUGAAUUAUGCAUUAUUGAUUUUCCUAGUUCAAUUAAAAGGGCUGAAAUGUGCCUUAAAAACCAUGCAUCAUUAGAAAGGCUGAACUGUGCCUUUAACUAUUUGUUCAUUUUAGCCCUUUUUUCCACUUUUGAGAAAUGUGUAAAAAAUAGCGAAAAAGGUAAGGCCUAACCCUUAAUCUUCCCUCCAUUUUUAGCCUUUUUUCAAUUUUUGAAAUCCGGCACAAAAAUAGUGAAAAAGGCAGGGGUAACCCCUUAACUUUUUUCAUUUCUGAAAAACGAGCAAAACAUGCAUGGCAAAAAGGUAAGGCUAACACCCCUUAAUAAUGUUUCGUCGAGUUUUUUCCAGUUUUGAGCAAUGUAAAAAAAAUAUCAAAAAAGGCAAAGUUUAUAACCCCUAUAAAGGAGCAAAAAAUGGGAAAAAAGGCUAAAAAAGUAAAGGCUAACCUCUUAUAUUCCGUCCAUUUUAGACCGUUUAUUUAUUUCUAUAAAAUAGGCCAAAAAUCGCCAAAAAAUUAAGGUUGUCCUUUUAAAUUUUCGCUCAUUUUUAGGAAUUACUUUAUUUCUGAAAAAAGGGCCAAAAAGUUAAGGUUAACCCCUUAACUUUUUGUUAUUUUAUAGCGUUUUUUCCUAAAAAUAGGCCAAAAAAGACAAAAAGUAAAGGCUAACCCCUUCAAUUUGCGUGGGCCAUAAAUGUUGAAAGUAGGCCAAAAAUCGCCAAUAAUUACUUCAGUGUAGGCGAGAUGGUCUAGUGGUAAGGACAAAGUGUUGCAAGUGCACGAAGCUAGGUUCGAUUCCUGGUUGUGUCAAAAGCAUUUUUUCAACCCGAAACGAGAAAAAGUUAAGUAGAAUAAAAAGGGAAGCAAGUGUAAGCGAGAUGGUCUAGUGGUAUAGGACAAAGUGCUGCAAGUGCGUGAAGCCGGGUGUUUGUAUUACCGAGUAAUGAGUAAUGAAUUUUCGUACUUGCUUUGGACUAAACCAUGAAAACAUUGACUGCACUCACUCCUUGCUGUCCAUUAUAAUGCUGUUACAGUGUCAGCAGUAUCAACAUUAUUAUUAUUAUUAUUAUUAUUAUAAAUUUCCAAACUAGCAGUAACAACUGAAUUACUUUGGAAUUACAGGGUAUAAGAACAUAGGUAUUUAAUCUAUUCUAUAUUUACAGGUAAAAAUAGGUAAGUUAGAUAAAAAUAACGAUAAUAAUCUAAAGUUUACUUAUUAUUAUAAGCACGAGACGCAGCAGGAAUGAAACUGUUCAAAAAACGUUCAGUUCUACACCUAGGUACUAAUAAGUUGGGAUAAGACCUCAGAUUAUAAGUUUGAAGACUUUUAGGCGGUACUAAGGCAUUCAGUUUAUGAGUGGGUUCCAACAUCUUCGAAAAAAGUCGCUUGCAAUGGACAGUUCUACGGUCGUAAAGAGUCGUCAAGUUAGCUUUAAGCAAACAUUCAGCAUAGAUAGUUCCAGGGAAAAUAAUUUUUAACGCCCUUUUUUGUAUUUUUUCAACUUGAUCACUCAGGUAAUGAGGAAGGCCAUAAUGCCACACCUGACAAGCAUAUUCGACAAUUGGUCGAAUAUGUGUACAAUAGGUUGAGAUCAGAAUUGAGAAGGUAAAGCAUUUCUUUUAAGAAGGCGCAGACCGUACAAACGCUUCGCGGCUUUCUUGCAAAUGUAGUCAAUAUGGCAGUUCCAUUUGAGGUCGUCCGAAAGGACAACGCCCAAUAGUUUGGCCUCGAAAACGACGUCGACCUCUUGACCGCGAAUGGUAAUAGGGGCAAACGAUGGGGUAAGCUUAGAAAAGCAGACACGCAAUUCUUUGGUCUUUGAUACAUUUAACUUCAUAUUAUUGUCUGAUGACCAUUCAGAGCAGCUGAUGAUGUUAGCGGGUAACUGGGAAGGGGAAUUGUUUGAUAUUAUUUCCCAAAGGCUAGUAUCAUCGACAAAUUUAACAGUUUCAUCCACUACAGCCAAGUCAUUUAUCAUGAUCAAAAAUAAUAGUGGGCCAAGCUUCGUUCCUUGUGGGACGCCGGCGUUUAAAAACUUCCACUCAGAAAAGAACUGACCAACACGGGUUCUUUGUUGUCUGCCUGUUAGGAAGUUUGCGAUCCAGUUGAGUAACACGGGAUGAAUUUCCAUGUCUUUCAAUUCUUCCAACAGAAUGUUAUGAUCUAAUCUAUCAAACGCCUUGGCAAAAUCAAGUAAACAAAUCCGUAUAGUGUUGCCUUGUUUGUCAGCUGCUUCAAACCAUUUAUGUAGCAUGUAGAUUAAUGCCAUACUAGUGCUUGAACCCUUCAGCGAACCAAAUUGCAAGGAAUCAAUUUUUUUUGAGACGGAGUCAAGGAGCCAUUUGUAGGGAAAGGAUUCAAGAAUCUUGCUGAUAAUUGGUGUGAGGGAGAUUGGUCUGAAGUCAGAAUCAACAUCUUUAGGAGGCGAAGAUUUUUGAACUGGUGUAAUAUUUGCUGCCUUCCAUAUUGAGGGAACAAAUCCUUCACGAACUGAUGAAUUAAAAAUAGAACACAAAGGUCGACACAACACGGAAGCGUUUUCCCGGAGAAGCCAAGAAGGAAUUUCAUCGGGACCAGCAGAUGAAUGAAGUUUAGAUGAUAAUAGGGCCUUUUCAUUCUCCUCGACAGAGAUGCAGAAAUCAUCUGGAAUGUCAUUUGUGGGAAGGGGGAGCCAGUUUAGAUUGGGUAAGGAGGACCCUACAGCAACGAACUUGUCGUUGAGCAAAUUUGCUAAAUCGGCAUCAGAGUAGGAUUUACCUUAAAACAUCAUUGUAGAUACAUUCUUAGAAGACUGAAGACCGGCAAUAUUCUUCACCGCUGACCACCAUUUACGAGAAUCGGACUGUUGAACGCCCGCGAUACUUUUAUUGUAGUAAUUUAGUCGUGCUUUUUUGCAAAGUGCAUUGACUUUGUUUCGAUAGAAUCUGAACAUCAGGUUAUUGCCAGCCGCCCAUGCUGUUUGCCGCUUGGAAAUAAGAGAUUUUAUUUCGGAAGUAAUCCAAGGCUUGUCACUAGAAUCAAUUUCCAAGGCUUGUUUACAUGGCCAUAAUAUUCACGACAAGGAGUGAGUGGAACCACAGUCAAUGUUUUCAUGGUUUAUCUUUCCAAAGCAAGUACGAAAAUUCAUUACUCAUACUCAUUACUCGAAAUACAAACACCCCCUUGAAGUUCAAUAGAACAUCAGGUUCGAAACAGCAUACUAUUAACUUUCACGUCUUUUUCGAUUACACAGCUGAAAAAACUUGCUUUUUAUGUUCACGGACUGUCUAGUUAUAUGCAAGAAUGGGGCAUCGACAGAAAGCCGAUUGACCGUAGGUUCCAAAAAUACAAUUUUCAGAACGUGGCAAAUUCACGUUUUUGCUACAAGCAGCCGUGAAAUUCAAUAAAACAUCAGGUCCGAAAUAGCAUAAUAUUAACUUUCACGUCUUUUUCGAUUACACAGCAAGAAAAACUUGCUUUUUAUGUCCACGGACUGUCUAGUUAUGCUAGAAUGAGGCAUCGACAGAAAUGCUAUUGACCGUAGUUUCCAAAAAUACAAUUUUCAGACCGUGGUAAAUUCAAGCUUUUGCUAUAGAAGGGGUCUUGAAAUUCAAUAGAACAUCAGGUUCAAAAUAGCAUAAUUUAACUUAAGUUUCACUUCUUUUUCGAUUACACAGCUGGAAAAACUUGCUUUUUAUGUCCACGGAUUGUCUAGUUAUGCAAGGAAGAGCCAUCGACAGAAAGCCUAUUGACCGUAGAUUCCAAAAAUACAAUUUUUAGACCGUGGUAAAUUCACGUUUUUGCUACAAGGGGCCUUGAAAUUCAAUAGAACAUCCGGUGCGAAACAGCAUAAUAUUAACUUUCACGUCUUUUUCGAUUACACAGCUGGAAAAACUUGCUUUUUAUGUCCACGGAUUCUCUAGUUAUGCAAGGAAGAGCCAUCGACAGAAAGCCUAUUGACCGUAGAUUCCAAAAAUACAAUUUUUAGACCGUGGUAAAUUCACGUUUUUGCUACAAGGGGCCUUGAAAUUCAAUAGAACAUCCGGUGCGAAACAGCAUAAUAUUAACUUUCACGUCUUUUUCGAUUACACAGCUGGAAAAACUUGCUUUUUAUGUCCACGGAUUCUCUAGUUAUGCAAGGAAGAGCCAUCGACAGAAAGCCUAUUGACCGUAGAUUCCAAAAAUACAAUUUUUAGACCGUGGUAAAUUCACGUUUUUGCUACAAGGGGCCUUGAAAUUCAAUAGAACAUCCGGUGCGAAACAGCAUAAUAUUAACUUUCACGUCUUUUUCGAUUACACAGCUGGAAAAACUUGCUUUUUAUGUCCACGGAUUCUCUAGUUAUGCAAGGAAGAGCCAUCGACAGAAAGCCUAUUGACCGUAGAUUCCAAAAAUACAAUUUUUAGACCGUGGUAAAUUCACGUUUUUGCUACAAGGGGCCUUGAAAUUCAAUAGAACAAAAGGUGCGAAACAGCAUAAUAUUAACUUUCACGUCUCUUUCGAUUGCACAGCGGGAAAAACUUGCUUUUUAUGUCCACGGACUGUCUAGUUAUGCAAGAAUGAGGCAUCGACAGAAGGACUAUUGACCGUAGAUUCCACUGGAAAAUACAAUUUUUAGACCGGCAUAAAUUCAAGUUUUUGCUGCAAGGUGCCUUGAAAUUCAAUAGAACAAAAGGAUCGAAACAGCAUAGUAUUAACUUUCACGUCUCUUUCGAUUACACAGCGGGAAAAACGUGCUUUUUAUGGGCACGGACUGUCUAGUUAUGCAAAAAAGAGGCAUCUACAAAAAGCCUAUUGACCGUAGAUUCCAAAAAUACAAUUUUUAGACCGUGGUAAAUUCACGUUUUUGCUGCAAGGGGCCUUGAAAUUCAAUAGAACAAAAGGUUUGAAACAGCAUAAUAUUAACUUUCACGUCUCUUUCGAAUACACAGCAGGAAAAACUUGCUUUUUAUGUCCACGGACUGUCUAGUUAUGCAAGAAUGAGGCAUCGACACAAAUACUAUUGACCGUAGAUUCCAAAAACACAAUUUUCAGACCGGCAUAAAUUCAAGUUUUUGCUACAAGGGGCCUUGAAAUUCAAUAGAACAAAAGGUACGAAAAAGCAUAAUAUUAUAAAACUUUGACGUCAUUUUCGAUUACACAGCUGGAAAAACCUGCUUUUUAUCUCCACGUACGGCCUAGUGAUGCCUGAAUAAGGCAUCCACAGAAAGCUUAUUUACCGUAGAUUCCAAAAAUAGAAUUUUGAGACUGGCCCAAAUUCAAGACUCUGCAACAGAAGCCUUCAAAUUCAAUAGGACAUAAGGUUCGAAACAGCAUAAUAUUAAGUUUCACGUCUUUUUCGAUUGCAGAGCUGGAAAAAGCUGCUUUUUAUGUCCACGGACUGUCUUGUUAUGCAAGAAUGGGGCAUCGACAGAAAGCCUACCGAACGUGGAUUCCAAAAACCAAUUUUCAGACCGGCGUAAUUUCCGGGUUUUGCUACAACAGGUAUUGAAAUUCAAUUUCUCAAAAGGUUCCAAAUAGCAUAAUAUUAACUUUCGCGUCUUUUUCGAUUACACAGCUGAAAAAACUUGCUUUUUAUGCUCACUUGUUAUGCAAGAAUGAGCCAUCGACAGAAAGCCUAUGGACCGUGGAUUCCAAAAAUACAAUUAUCAGACCGGCGUAAAUUCCGGUUUUUGCUACAAGGGGCCUUGAAAUUCAAUAAAGGUUCGAAAUAGCAUAAUAUUAACUUUCGAGUCUUUUUCGAUUACACAGCUGAAAAAACUUGCUUUUUAUGUUCCCGAACUGUCUUGUUAUACAUGAAUAAGCAUCGACAGAAAGCUUAUUGAACGUAGAUUCCAAAAAUACAAUUUUCAGACCGUGACAAAAACUUGUUUUUGCUACAAGGGGCCUUGAAAUUCAAUAGAACAAAAUGUACAAAAUAGCAUAAUAUUAACUUUCAGGUCUUUUACGAUUGCGCAGCUGGAAAAACCUGCUUUUUAUCUCCACGUACGGCAUAGUGAUGCCUGAAUAAGGCAUCGACAGAAACCCUAUUGACCGGAGAUUCCAAAAAUACAAUUUUGAGACUAGCCCAAAUUCAAGGCUCUGCUAUAGGAGCCUUCAAAUUCAAUAGGACAUAAGGUUCGAACCAGCAUAAUAUUAACUUUCACGUCUUUUUCGAUUGCAGAGCUGGAAAAACCUGCUUUUUAUCUACACGGACUGUCUUGUUAUGCAAAAAUGAGGCAUCGGCUUCUAGCUUAUUGAACGUAGAUUCCAAAUAUACAAUUUUCUGACCGUGACAAAUUCAAGUUUUUGCUACAAGGGGCCUUGAAAUUCAAUAGAAGAAAAUGUACGAAAUAGCAUAAUAUUACCUUUCAGGUCUUUUUCGAUUGCGGAGCUGGAAAAACCUGCUUUUUAUCUCCACGUACGGCACAGCGAUGCCUGAAUAAGGCAUCGACAGAAAUCCUAUUGACAGUAGAUUCCAAAAAUACAAUUUUGAGACUGGCCCAAAUUCAAGGCUCUGCUAUAGGAGCCUUCAAAUUCAAUAGGACAUAAGGUUCGAAACAGCAUAAUAUUAACUUUCACGUCUUUUUCGAAUGCAGAGCUGGAAAAACCUGUUUUUUAUGUACACGGACUGUCUUGUUGUGCAAGAAUGAUGCAUCACCAGAAAGCUUUUUGAACGUAGAUUCCAAAAAUACAAUUUUCAGAUCGUGACAAAUUCAAGUUUUUGCUACAAGGGGCCUUGAAAUGCAAUAGAACAAAAUGUACCAAAUAGCAUAAUAUUAACUUUGACGUCUUUGUCGAUUACACAGGCUGGAAAAACCCGCUUUUUAUCUCCACGAACGUCCUAAUGAUGACUGUAUAAGGUUUCGACAGAACGCCUAUUGAUCGUAGAUUCCAAAAAUACAAUUUUGAGACUGGCCCAAAUUCAAGACUCUGCUAUACAGGAGCCUUCAAAUUUACAGAACGUAAGGUUCGAAACAGUAUAAUAUUAACUUUCACGUCUUUUUCGAUUACACUCCUCACCACGAGGACAAGGUUCCUCAACCAAAGGACAAGGUUCCUCACGCUGAGGACAAGGUUCCUCACGCUGAGGACAAGGUUUCUCACGCUGACGACAAGGUCCCUCAAGCUGAGGACAAGGUUCCUCACGCUGAGGACAAGGCUCCUCACGCUGAGGACAAGGCUCCUCACGGUGAGGACAAGCCUCCUCACGCUGAGGACAAGGCUCCUCACCCUGAGGACAAGGUUCCUCAUUCUGAGGACAAGGUUCCUCACCCUGAGGACAAGGUUCCUCAAGCUGAGGACAAGGCUCCUAACGCUAAGGACAAGGCUCCUCACCCUGAGGGCAAUGUUCCUCACCAUGAGGACAAGGUUCCUCAUCCUGAGGACAAGGUUCCUCGUCCUGAGGACAAGGUUCCUCACGCUGAGGACAUGGUUCCUCACGCUGAGGACAAGGUUUCUCACGCUGAGGACAAGGUCCCUCACGCUGAGGACAAGGUUCCUCACGCUGAGGACAAGGCACCUCACGCUGAGGACAAGGCUCCUCACGGUGAGGACAACGCUCCUCACGCUGAGGACAAGGCUCCUCACCCUGAGGACAAGGUUCCUCAUCCUGAGGACAAGGUUCCUCACCCUGAGGACAAGGUUCCUCACGCUGAGGACAAGGCUCCUCACGCUAAGGACAAGGCUCCUCACCCUGAGGGCAAGGCUACUCACCCUGAGAACAAGGUUCCUCAUCCUGAGGACAACGUUCCUCACGCUGAGGACAAGGUUCCUCACACUGAGUACAAGGUUUUUCACGCUGAGGACAAGGUUCCUGACUCUACAUGAGGACAAGGUUCCUCGACUCUGAGGACAAGGUUCUUCACCCUGAGGACAAGGCUCCUCAAGCUGAGGGCAAGGUUCCUUACGCUGAGGACAAGGCUCCUCGAGCUGAGGACAAGGCUCCUCACGCUGAGGACAAGGUUCCUCACCCUGAGGACAAGGCUCCUCACGCUAAGGACAACGCUCCCCACCUGAGGGUAAGGCUCCUCACCCUGAGGACAACGUUCCUCACCCUGAGGACAAGGUUCCUCACCCUCAGGAGAAGGUUCCUCACCCUGAGGACAAGGUUUCUCACGCUGAGGACCAGGUUCCUGACUCUGCAUGACGACAAGGUUCCUGACUCUGAGGACCAGGUUCCUCACCCUGAGGACAAGGUUCUCACGAUGAAGACAAGGUUCCUUACGCUGAGGACAAGGCUCCUCACGCUGAGGACAAAGCUCCUCACGGUGAGGACAAGGCUCCUCACGGUGAGGACAAGCCUCCUCACGCUGAGGACAAGGCUCCUCACCCUGAGGACAAGGUUCCUCAUUCUGAGGACAAGGUUCCUCACCCUGAGGACAAGGUUCCUCAAGCUGAGGACAAGGCUCCUAACGCUAAGGACAAGGCUCCUCACCCUGAGGGCAAUGCUCCUCACCAUGAGGACAAGGUUCCUCAUCCUGAGGACAAGGUUCCUCGUCCUGAGGACAAGGUUCCUCACGCUGAGGACAUGGUUCCUCACGCUGAGGACAAGGUUUCUCACGCUGAGGACAAGGUCCCUCACGCUGAGGACAAGGUUCCUCACGCUGAGGACAAGGCACCUCACGCUGAGGACAAGGCUCCUCACGGUGAGGACAACGCUUCUCACGCUGAGGACAAGGCUCCUCACCCUGAGGACAAGGUUCCUCAUCCUGAGGACAAGGUUCCUCACCCUGAGGACAAGGUUCCUCACGCUGAGGACAAGGCUCCUCACGCUAAGGACAAGGCUCCUCACCCUGAGGGCAAGGCUCCUCACCCUGAGAACAAGGUUCCUCAUCCUGAGGACAACGUUCCUCACGCUGAGGACAAGGUUCCUCACACUGAGUACAAGGUUUCUCACGCUGAGGACAAGGUUCCUGACUCUACAUGAGGACAAGGUUCCUCGACUCUGAGGACAAGGUUCUUCACCCUGAGGACAAGGCUCCUCAAGCUGAGGGCAAGGUUCCUUACGCUGAGGACAAGGCUCCUCGAGCUGAGGACAAGGCUCCUCACGCUGAGGGCAAGGUUCCUCACCCUGAGGACAAGGCCCCGACUCUGUUGAGAAGGUUCCUCACCUUGAGGACAAGUUUCCUCACGCUGAGGACAAGGUUUCUUCCGCUGAGGACAAGGUUCCUCACGAUGAGGACAAGGCUCCUCACCCUGAGGACAAGGUUUCUCACCCUGAGGACAAGGUUCCUCACCAUGAGGACAAGGUUCCUGACUCUGAGGACAAGGUUCCUCACCCAGAGGACAAGGUUCCUCACGAUGAAGACAAGGUUCAUUACGCUGAGGACAAGGUUCCUCACCCUGAGGACAAGGUUCCUCACGCUGAGGACAAGGCUCCUUACCCUGAGGACAAGGUUCCUCACCCUGAGGACAAGGUUCCUCACCAUGAGGACAAGGUUCCUGACUCUGAGGACAAGGUUCCUCACCCAGAAGACAAGGUUCCUCACGAUGAAGACAAGGUUCCUUACGCUGAGGACAAGGCUCCUCACUCUGAGGACAAGGCAACUCACGCUGAGGAAAAGGUUCCUCACCCUGAGGACAAGGUUCCGACUCUGUGGACAAGGUUUCUCACCCUGAAGACAAGGUUCCUCACGCUGAGCACACGGUUCCUCACGCUGAUGACAAGGUUCCUCACCCUGAGAACAAGGCUCCUCACCCUUAGGACAAGGUUCCUCACCCUGAAGACAAGGCUCCUCACGCUAAGGACAAGGCUCCUGACCCUGAGGGCAAGCUUCCUCACCCUGAAGACAAGGUUCCUCACCAUUAGGACAAAGUUCCUCACGCUGAGCACAAGAUUCCUCACGCUCAGGACAAGGUUUCGUACGCUGAGGACAAGGUUCCUCACCCUGAGGACUAGGCUCCUCAUCUGAGGACAAGGUUCCUCACCUUGAGGACAAGGUUUCUCACGCUGAGGAGAAGGUCCUGACACUGCACGAGAACAACGUUCCUGGCUCCGGAUUAUUAUUUAUAUAUUAUUGGCCUUGUCCUUAGUGUGAGGAGCCUUCCCCUCAGGGUGAGGAACCUUGUCCUCAGGGUGUGGAGCCUUGUCCUCAGGGUGAGGAACCUUGUCCUCAGCGUGAGGAACCUUGUCCUCAGUGUGAGGAACCAUGUCCUCAGGGUGAGGAGCUUUGUCCUCAACGUGAGGUACCUUGUCCUCAGGGUGAGAAAUCUUGUCGACAGCGUGAGCAACCUUGUCAUCAGCGUGAGGAGCCUUGUCCUCAGCGUAAGGAACCUUGUCCUCAGCCUGAGGAGCCUUGUCCUAAGGGUGAGGAACCUGGUUCUCAGAGUCAGGAACCUUGUCGUCAUGCAGAGUCAGGAACCUGGUCCUCAGCGUGA